AUGGAAGACGACGUAAUACCUGAAAAUCUCAUCCUCGAAGUUUUAUCAAGACUUCCUGUGAAAACAAUCAUCCGCUGCAAGUUCGUCUGCAAAAAGUGGCGUGAUCUUGUUUCCGAUUCCUACUUUGUUCAUCUUCAUCUCUCAAGAUCACCUCCGUGCCUAAUGUUUCACCAAUACGAUUUUCCAAGCUCGAUAUUAGAGUUGGCAGAAGUGGAAUACGAAGUUGAUUACCACCGUUUAACCCUCCAUCAUGUCAAGACCCUUAAUCUUCAUCUUAGUGCAGAUCCCGGCCCUCGUGAAUGGAUAAGUCUAGUGGGCUCGGUCAAUGGUUUGAUCUGCUUGCGUUCUGUUCGUGAUUCGACUUACGUAUUCAAUCCUGUGGUCGAAGAAUAUAUGAUACUCCCUCUACUACAAGGUUGUGCGGGGUCAUUAGGUUGUUGGGCGAGCACAUUAGGUGGUUGUGGGAGGAUAUCAGGUUGUUGUGCGAGGACAUUAAGUUAUGCUUUUGGAGUUUCAAAGGCAGGGGAAUACAAAGUGAUAAGGCUCUGUUGUGGUUGGGCAGAACCCCAAUUCACGGUUAAAAUCGAGGUUUGCACGCUUGGCACGGACGAAUGGAGAAGUUUGAGACCAACCCACAUUGUUAACUUUAAAAAGGAACUGGAGUUGGAGUCUGGUGUAUUUGUGAAUAGUCAUGUGUAUUGGAUUAUUGGUGGACAAAUUUACAAUUUCGAUUUGGACACCGAGACAUUUGAGUUAACUUCGUCCCCUCCGGGUGCACUGGGAGAUGAUCAAGAAUCAAUGCAAAUGCUGGGAGUCCUGAAAGGCAGCUUAAGUCUGUUUUCUUGGACUUCAUCAGGGUUUAACGUUUGGGUGAUGAAGGAAUCUUGGUAUAAAGCUAUAACAGUGAUCCAGGAAAAUGUAAACCCGGUUCUUCAAUCGCUAGAGUGGAAACCCGUGCUUCUCAUUGAUGGUUCAGAAGGUACUAGUGUUUUGAUCUUCUUGCAAAAGGGAACAACUCUGUUGGCGUAUUGUCUCAACACGAAUAAGAUUCUGGAUCUGGAUUUGCAAGGGAACUUCUGGACGGUAAUGAGUUCUUAUCAUCCUAGUCUUGUUAGGCUCCAAAACUUUGAAGUUCGAGCAAAGGUAGGAGGGCAACAAGUAUCAUUUCAUAUUUAA